UUGUGUAAAUGCGAUAAUACAUUACACAGAAUUACAAGCAUAUAAAUGUUGAAAUAUGUUUAUUCUCAUUUGCUGAUGCUAGCUGUUAUGACAUUGGGAGAGAAGGAGGUGGAAGAAAGGUGCAUGUGUUCGCACCACAUAGCUCCACAUAAACCGAUUGCAUCCCCAGAUUUAUCCCCAAGGUGUUUUUAGGACAUCCUGGGAGCUAAUGGAGGCUAAUAGGCUUAGCACUUAGGGUGUAUUGUCCGGGAUGCUUACAGGCAAGGUUUGCUGAGGGUAAAACUCUAAACGUGCGGAUUACCUCCAACACAUCCCUUUAAAGUGCUGUAUAGCCAGGACUUAGCUAAUAGGAUCGUGGGGGUAGCGGGGGCCUGGGAAGGUGGGGAUGGGGGUUGGACUGGCCAGCAGGGCGGUCUGCAGGCAGGUCAGCAGAUGUAGCUAGCAGACUGUUGCAGGACUAACAGAGGGAUUACAGCCUUCAGAUUAAAUGGGUUUCAGAGGGAACUUGAGGGACGGUGGAUAAUGCACAAGGCCUCAGGGAAAAUCUUAUGGCUGCAUUUUGCUGGGGGGAGGGGACAGCAGAAAUAAUGUGGCCAAACACAUGUGCACAGAUUACACAUGUAUUGUACAAACUUUCAUAGCUGCAAAAUAUUUGGUUUGAUUUAAACAAUAAACAUAAAACAAACCCUAUUUUAAGAAGUAUAAACUCAUAUCACAAGAGAAGUUGGUUGGGUAGUUGUGACUCAGAUUCAGAUUCAUCUAUCCACAAAUACAAUGCACACCGGCCUUGGAUUAGUAGAACUGGAUUAUUACGCUGUCGUUUACAGUAUCAUAUUUUGUAAUGGGAUUUCUGCAGUGUAGAGGGCUAAUUGGAGGUGUCUAAGGCGAUUGUACUUAUGUACACAAGCUGCUGGCUCAGCCAAGAGCAAUGUGGCCAUUAGGGUUUGUGCAGUAAGUGGGUCUUUUUAUUGCAACACUUCUGAGGACCUGCCAUGUUUACAAGAAUAAACAAGAUGGGCGAAAUACUUUAAUAUACCACCUCUGAUGUUGGUCUUCACACGUUUAUGGGUUAUGGCUAGGAUUUGGAUUUAGGGGUUAAAUUUAAGUUUAGGAUUAGGUUUACUUUACGGUGAGGGUUAAAGUUGGUUUAAGAUUAAUACUUAAUGCUAGAGUUGAGGUAAGAGGUGAGAGUAGGGGUUAAAGGUUUGCGUUAGUUAAAGAAUAAAUUUGGCCAUGAGUGUCUGCAUGUGCAUGGAUCCAAAAUUGAUACUGGUUAGGAUUAUACGACUACCCUUAGUUAUUUAUUUCAGUUUAUUCUCUGGGAAGACAUUUCUUUGUCACAGCUCUGCCUAAAUAUUGCAGCUCUGCAACAUAAAGAAAUCCUUUAUUCUGUUGAAAUAAAUUUUGCUUGGUAGAAUAAAAAUCAGUUUUGUCCACAUUUGCUAAUAAAUGGGAUGAUUAUGUUCUGUGAGACAAAAUUAUCCAUUUGUGAGAUAUUUUAUCAUAAUUAUACAUUAGUCAAAUGGAAAAAAUAGCACUCUAGCACAGGUUCAUUGACCCUCAAUGCCUCUCUAAUGUGUAGAUAAUUGCUGCACCCUAGUGGCAAUAGUAAGAAAUUACAAAAUUCCUACUGAAGUGCUAAAAUGGUACAAUUGCUGCAUUAGUAUCUGAGUGAUCCAAAUCCAAACGGUUAUAUUCAUUCAUUUUCCAACAUGUGAUAUUAUAGCAACUAAUUUGUCAGAGUCUGUGUCAGCUUUUUUUCACAAUUUUUCAGAUUCUAUUUUAACCCUCUUUUUAAACUUGAACUUCAGCAGUGAUUCGUGCGGAGGUCAAAGGUUGUGUGUGUCAUGACCCCACGGGAGCAGCUGAGGAAAAUGACCGCCAUGGGAGAGCAGGGAGCUUUGGAUGAGAAGCACUGGUAUCGUCUGGUCAAUGGCAUGUCAGCUGGAGAGCUCAGGCACAGGCAAGAGAUGAUAAUGAGGAACCAGAUGGCCAUGGCUCCACAGAUCCUUGCUCAGGGGCAGCAGAGGUUACAGGGGGUCCCAACACAGUUCGAACCACGCUUCAUGGAGAGGGAGUUGGUCCCCCCCAAUGAGAUGGUAGCUUCUGAUGCCAGACAGAUGCACAUGGCACCUCACCUGGGUCCCCCUCUACCUCCACAUGCCAGUGCCCUUCCUGGGAGAGCUUACCCUGGAGCAGGCUAUGGCUUCUUGCCAUCGGAGCCCAUGGAAACAGUUGCCCGGCGACAGGAGCUCAUUCACAAGCAAAAUAUAGCCAGAAUGGAGAUGAAUGCCAUCCUGCAUCAGAAGGAGCUGGAGAAUGCUCACCAAAAGGGACUGAUGGGAAUUGACAACCCCAUGUCAUACCCCUCUAACCCCAUGGCGUUCAGAGGUCGUCAGCGGAUGCCAGACGGCCACGAUGUUUUCGUCCAUCGUCCCACCUUGGAGGAACUUCACUCCAACAGCAUACUCAUGUCAGCCAGCCCUUAUCCACCAAUCAGCACGCUGCACAGAGAGAGGGGACGCAGGGCAGGAAGAAGGCCGACCGCUCACAAGAGCGCAGACAGCCAUGUGGCCAACUUGAAGGGCCAAACUGAAGAUAAGAGUGUAGAGCAGAGCCCAGGGGCCACAUCAGGGGAGGAGAAAGAGGUGGAGGCAAAGGGGGACAUGGGCGAGGAGUGUAUCGCCAGCAAGGCACAUCAUCAAGCCAAAAUAGACUCUGAACUCACCACAGGAAGCAGGAAGAACUACAAAGAGGGGGAGCCAGGCCUGCGUAAAGCAUGCAUUAACAGCCAAGAUGGGUGCUCAGAUGUGACCAACAGCGGCGCAAAUGACAAAGACAUAUCAAGCCAAUGUUCAGCUUUCCAGGAGAAAUUCAUGUAUCCCUCAGCUGGUGGAGCCCUCACAGGCAUGCCUUACAUGUUCCCAGUCCCUGGAAAUGGUUUCCUCCCACCUGGCCCACCAAAUCUCUUCCUGAAUGGCGAUGAGGUGCCUGAGGACAUAAGGAAGUGGACUGUGAAUGAUGUUUACAACUUUGUAAACAGUAUACCCACAUGUUCAGAAUAUGCUCAGACAUUCAAGGAUCACAUGAUUGACGGGGAGACACUUCCCCUCCUCUCAGAAGAGCAUCUACUGGACACACUGGGGCUCAAGCUUGGGCCGGCUCUUAAGAUCCGCUCGCAGGUGUCCAGGCGCCUGGGCAGCAUGUUGUACAUGAUGAAUCUGCCACUGUCCACCACCACCCUGCAGGCCACUCCUGAGAAGCCUGCGGAUCAUUCAUCAGAGAUCGGCUCCCCCGUUAACUGCAACAGUGAGGAGAUGAUGGCAAGUCCAAGAGACCCUGAUGUCCUCAAGUCCACAGAGCACCUUCACGAGACAGAAAACAAUUCCCCCCCAUCUGCCAGCAGUGAGACAGCCUGAUCAAUGAUGAUAAUAUGGAAAUAUGAGGACACAUACAAACCUGACCAGGAUGUAUCUGCGCCUACAGCACUGCCUGAUGAACUGCUGCUGCUCCAGUGUUGGUUUUGUUUACAUGAUGACUAACUGGAUUGAAGAUGCUUUUUUACUAUUUACUAUUGCUGCCUGGGCUUAUGAUACACAGGUCCACUAGACCUAAGUAUCUGCUAAAUAUUUGUAUUCAAAAUAUAUUUUUAUGUAUCUGUAAAAGUGGAGUGAAACUGAUGGGGAUUUCGAAUUAAGAAAGAUGUUGAACUAAGAAGGUCUUUUUUUCCUCUUUUUUCAUUCUGGGCCUGAGUUUCUGAACAUCUGAUUGUAGCUUUAAACUCAGUUUGGAUUUAUGUUAAGCUGCUAUGUGUCAUUUUUUUAGUGGGUCUGCACAAGGACCAUAGAAACCAUAUGGGGAUGGUUUUAUAAUCAAAUAAUGAAAUACUUAAGUGUGACCUUUGGAUUUGGAUGUUUGAUACCUUUUUGGUUACGUUUGUUUGUUGAAUGGAUUGUAAAUAAAGUUGUUUUUUUCUAGG